GUUUGCAAGACCUGUAUGGAGCCAUACCCAGACUCCUUUAGAACACGUGGGAUUUUAAUCAGGCAGUUAUCCGAACAGCUAUGGUAGAGUGUGUGAGUACAGGAGAGGAAACAGGAGAGCAGGUGGUUUUGGAAAGAGGAUAACAGCUGACAAAGGGUCAGUUAUGUCUGUGUUAAUGUGUGGCCUGAGGCCCUGUAACCGUGUGUUAAUACGGAGCAGUCUAAUGCUGUCCGGGCUCUGCAAGAACCACUCGUCUAAAGAGUCUUCCCACUGGCUGUCCCCUGCAGACCGGGAUCAGCAGGUGAAGGAGCUCAGGACCGCAGGAUGGGUGGAGGUGAAGGGUCGUGAUGCCAUCUUCAAAGAACUUCACUUCAAAACCUUUAAUCAGGCAUUCGGCUUCAUGUCUCGAGUGGCUCUGCAGGCAGAGAAGAUGAACCACCACCCAGAAUGGUUCAAUGUUUAUAAUAAGGUCCAGAUUACAUUGACCACACAUGACUGUGGAGGACUGUCAACACGGGACGUCAAAAUGGCAAAGUUUAUUGACAAAAUUGCACCUUCAGAUUGAGGUUUUUGUCUUCAAUCAGAAAGUUUCUCUGCAAAUAAUUAUUCCUAAUAAAAAUGAUUUAAAUAUG